UCAUGACCUGAGUGGAAACUGAGUCUGACGCCUAACGGACUGAGCUACCCAGCUGCCCCGCGUGUGUUUUAUCUCUUAAAAAGUUACAACGAAUACACAUACAUUUUCUCCUUGGAAAGAAAAACUAUAUUCAAACAGGGGUUGACUGCAACUCCUUCAUCCAUCCCUACCUGCUACCCUCUUCAGAGGCCUUUUUCCGAAGCCCUUUCCCUUUUCAUUUACAUGAUACACGCACCCACUGACACCUAACGACACUUAACAGCGAGUGCUUUGCCUUAUCACCACGGGAUGGAGACAUGCGGAGGUCCCUGCUCCUGGCCUUUCGGCUCUCACCUCGGGCUGCUCAUCCUCGUUAGCGUCCCGUGACAGUACCUAUUAAAAUGCAUUUUUAAAAAACUUCAUGCACUGUGUUGCGCAGCAAUUGUGUGGCUGGAACGGAAUCUGGGUGGGGGUGGGGAGGAGGGUGCAUGUCGAUGUACUCCCCUAGCCCCGCGGACUCCAGAGCAUGCGCUCUCUAGCAGGGCCCAGCUCCCCGCAGGCGCCCUAUAAUUGGGGCGGCCCGACCCACCAGGGGCGUAGGGCAAGCAGCCCUCCCGCGGAAGGGGGCGUGAGCGGGGCGGGGCCGGAACGUCUUUCUCCCGCGCGGCGGCCCGGGCGGGCACAGUUCCCCGCCGCACCGACCAUGGCCGCAGCCGCGCUGGGGCAGAUUUGGGCCCGAAAACUCCUCCCUGUCUCUUGGCUUCUGUGUGGCCCCAGAAGAUAUGCCUCAUCCAACUUCAAGGCUGCAGACCUGCAGCUGGAAAUGACGCGGGAGCCUCAUCAGAAGCCUGACCCCAGCAAGCCCCUGGUGUUUGGGAAGACGUUCACUGACCACAUGCUGAUGGUGGAAUGGAAGGAGGAGAAGGGCUGGGGCCAGCCCCGUAUCCAGCCCUUCCAGAACCUCACCCUGCACCCCGCCUGCUCCGGCCUCCACUACUCGAUGCAGCUCUUUGAGGGCAUGAAGGCGUUCAAAGGCAGCGACCAGCGCGUGCGCCUCUUCCGACCCUGGCUCAACAUGGACCGGAUGCUGCGCUCAGCCCUGCGCCUCUGCCUGCCGAGUUUUGACAAGGUCGAGUUGCUCGAGUGUAUCCGCCGGCUGGUGGAAGUGGACAAGGACUGGGUCCCUGAGGGCAACAACAGCAGCCUCUAUGUCCGGCCUGUGCUCAUCGGGAAUGAGCCCUCACUAGGCGUCUCCCGUUCCUCGCAAGCGCUCCUGUUUGUCAUUCUCUGCCCCGUGGGUGCAUACUUCCCCGGAGAUGCUGUGGACCCCGUCUCCCUCCUGGCCGACCCAGCCUUCAUCCGGGCCUGGAUGGGCGGGGUCGGUGACUACAAGCUGGGGGGGAAUUACGGGCCCACGGUGUUGGUGCAGCAGGAGGCGAAAAAGAGGGGCUGUGAGCAGGUGCUCUGGCUCUAUGGGCCUGACCAGCAGCUCACCGAGGUGGGCACCAUGAACAUCUUCAUCUACUGGACCCACGAGGACGGGGUGCUGGAACUGGUGACCCCCACACUGGAUGGUGUCAUCCUGCCUGGAGUGGUCAGACAGAGCCUGCUGGACCUGGCCCGGACCUGGGGUGAGUUCCGGGUAGCGGAGCGGAAGAUCACCAUGGAGGAGUUGUUGCGGGCGCUGCAGGAGGGGCGGGUCCGGGAAGUCUUUGGCUCAGGCACUGCUUGCCAGGUCUGCCCUGUGCACCAAAUCCUGUACCAAGGCAAGCACUUGCACAUUCCCACCAUGGAAAACGGGCCUGAGCUUAUCCUCCGCUUCCUGAAGGAGCUGAAGGCGAUCCAGUACGGAGCGGGACCUCACGAGUGGAUGCUCCCGGUGUGACGCUAAAGACUCGGCCCUACCUCUCCUCGGACCCACCCACCCACGGCAUCUAGUCCUCGCCGGACCCUCGCCUCCCUACCUUUGACUCACCUGAAGUGCAAUAUGAAAUAAAAGGCCGGGGGCUGCCGGGACGCCUGGGUCUCUGGCGCCCCCACGUGGUCUCUACACUCCCAAAGCCAUAAGGGCCGGACCCAGGCGUCCGGGCCCCCAGCCCUGCCUCUCAGACCUUGGGGGAUCUGGGCUCCCCGCUGCUCCGUGUUGUGGGGUCAAAGAUACACGUUGGCCCCGACUCUGCAUCUCUCCGUUCUCAGGCCGGAUCUCCCCGUGCUGCUGUUGAUUUUUUUUUUUUUCUUCCUGCAAUUUUGAAAUAAAUGCCAAAGAACAAGCCA